AUGUUUGCUCUGUAUUUGACUGCUGAGCUGUCCGGCGUCACGAACCUGCGUCCUCAGGAUACUGAGGCAGAGCCGUUCUGGUAUAUGUUCAAGGUGCAAUGUACAUCUUGCAGAGAGGUCCACGAUAACUUUGUCGGUGUUAACCGAUUUGAAAUGAACGAUAUGAGCGGCAGCAGAGGCGAGGCCAACUUUGUCUGGAAGUGCAAGAACUGCAAGCGCGAGUCAUCUGCUACUAUCAAGGCUGCUCCUGUAGCAUAUGAGCAUUCCGAGCCCCCCAAGGCGCAGAAGAUUAUUGAAUUCGACUGUCGCGGCCUUGAGUUUACAGAAUUCAAGCCAGAUGGUGACUGGCUCGCCGAAGGCCUUGACUCCAACUACAAGUUCACCAGCAUUGAUCUCUCCGAAGGUGAAUGGUUUGAUUAUGAUGACAAAGCCGGUGAAGAGGUCAGCAUUAAUGAGUUAAAAUGGGAGGUUCAGAGGUCGUGA